UAACCGCAAAGCAGACUUGAGCUCGCGACAAAGGAUAGGCGCUGGGGUAGGCUCAGGGCUUUCUGGUGGCCUGCUGCUGAUAUUUUUCGCAAUCUUUGGGUGCUACAGACAACGCAAAGGGAAGAGUCUGAGGCCGCAGACCAAUUCGAAACCCAUGCUACAGAAAGAUGCUCAAGCGCAAGUCAGCUCAGCUCCCUUGAAACAAGGACCGGUUGACAAUGGCCUCCUUGUUGAGAGGGAAGCUGAAAUGAAUGACUUGGGGUUAUGCCAGAGUGAGCAUCUGGUCCGUUGAUACAGGAACAGAGGAAAGCAUUGAGGAAAUGAAGAGAAUAUGACGAUUAGGGAGAAUUAACUAUGGAAAAUCGAAAUCCACAGAGUCAAUUGUCUUGUAUGAUCUCGAUAUCACGAAAUCGUGCCAAGACUCCACAGGGUAAUGAGACACAAUGUCUCUGACACUUGUCACUGACUGGUAUGACGGAGCUCGUGUUUCCACCGCCACCAGGCAAAGAAUGCAGGGCAGGGAGAUAGCACGGGCAGUGGGUGCCAUUGGUGGCAAAGCCCAGAGAUAUCCCGUCCUUUUAAGAACGAUGAUCCGACGAAAAGCUGGAAAUGGACCCGGAAGAAGAAUUCUAAAUCUUGGUCGUGGUCGCACUAACAAUGCAAAGCGGCGGAACCUUGGGAACCAAGAAAAACACCAGCGGCGCAGCUGUCAACUCAAUCUCCAUUAUCACAGUCGCGUGCAGACAGAGACACGAAAUUGGAAAGUCGAUUGAAGGAGGUGAAAGCGGCCGCCAAGAGCUGAUGAGCUUUAAGAUUGAAUCUUCCAAAAAUAGCCCCCAAGACUCAUCAGACAAUCUCCCAUUCUCCAGGUUGGAUAAGACUGGGAAUCAACGGGCCGCAUACCAGCGAACGGUGAAAAUACGCGGCUUGGUUAAUGAUAGAUUUGUGCAGGAAAGGGGAGUUUAUUAUGAGGUUAUGCCCUCCAUGUCGUGUAAUGCAAGCCGCACAUGAAAGAUGCAUGUAUGGACGAUUUGUGUUGGUCUCACUAACCCCAGCGCUGGUCAUUUCCUGUAUCAGAUAGUUCUCAAACAUAUAUUUCAAUACAUACUCCGAAGUCAUAUAUCUGUGUCUGUAUUCUCAGUCCGGACUUGAUAUCUUCAACAGGUAAAAACCUGGUGAUGACGAAGGUGACUAUGUACCUUCUCUCACCCGAAUAUGAGACCAGAAAACAUCCGACGAGGCACAAAAACGGUCUUGGCGGAUGAUUCGGAACGGAAGCCACGUUGAGUCCAGUGACGCCUCAAUGUCUCAAGAGACUGCAGCGGCCAGCCUAAUCACUUGAGAUUCAGCAUUCCCAGCCGAAAAGGCCAUAGCGUUUGUGAGCAUGGCAUCAGCUUCACUAUGUCAGCGGUCAAUCUAGUCGCCAAUGCGACUGCAUCUCGGUAUGCUCGAGACGGUCGGACUUAUUAGACAGGUUCAACGUCGACUUCAAAAGCCGAUAGUCCCGACCGGCUGGAACAAAUCCUAUCUUCGGGCUCGGAAUAUUGAUCGUGGAGCACGAAACCAGAACACCAAGCGUUGAAGUUACAUCGUCAAGCAUGUCAUGCCAGCGAUUGUCCAAGAUGAAUAUCCACAGGUCCCUUGAUCAAAAUCAAUCUCCAUGGGGUUUUGGCAUCGAGUAUCCUCGUAGCAAUUGGGGGUUCAACAAUGCAACGGGUCAACACAUCUCUUGGCAGCCAUGGGGAUGGAUGAAGGAUAAUUAGGGACAAGCCUGUUCAGAGAUGCAUACCUAGAUCAAAGAGGGCCUUGACGGCUUCUUACUGGCAAAGCCAGAGUCUGCCUUGCAAGAAGAGCCCUGGAGCGUGUUUGGAGCUAUGAUAAGUUGGGUGCUGGUUGGCGAAUCGACCCGCUGCCAUGUUCCUUGCUUUAAUCGCGUUAAUUAUUGUGCUUUCUUUUCAAAGCCGGACCAGAGUCAAUUCCUGGUAGUUUUGCAACUUGGCUAUUUCAUUCGCUGCCUCGACGAGUUUCAGACUUUCAUCAUCGAUCUCGUGCAUUGGUGUCCAGUACGUAUCAAUCUCGAAGCUCUAGGAGCAAAUCGUGUUGCGAAUUGCUUCGCGGCCCUUUUAUGAAGGAGGUUGAUAUGACCCACAGGUGACAUUUGACCAAGGACAGACCAGGAAGAGAGGCUUUUAGGGACGUCGACAAAAGGGGCAAGUCGAUAACUAAUGUAGGGACCAAGUCAUUUGUGCCAACCAGAAAUGCGAGGAUGGUGUAGGACUGAGCGAUAAUCUUAUCGGAAGGCUGCACAAAACAGG